AUGUCUGAACCCCACUUCGUCGUGCGCAGCAGCCGCUCCCUCAAGGGGAAAGUCGCCAUAGUUACUGGAGCUGGGUGUGUAGGAGAAGGCAUCGGUAACGGCAGGGCUGCGGCCAUCCUCCUCGCCGAAGAUGGAUGCUCUGUCGUUUGCGUUGAUCUCAAUCAAGCGUGGGCGGACAAGACCGUAGAGAUGAUCAGAGCCGAAGGUUUCGGCAGCGCCGUCAGUAUCGUCGCUGAUGUUUCCAAAGAGGCAGAGUGCAAGAAGAUAGUUGAUCAAGCCAUCUCGACAUUCGGACGCCUGGAUAUCCUGGUCAACAAUGUCGGAAUUCCAGGACCGCCUGGAAAUGUGACCGAAGUCGAUAUGGACAGAUGGCGUCAUGCGUUCUCAGUCAACCUGGAAAGCAUGAUCUUGAUGGCCAGAUUCGCAAUUCCAGAGAUGCUCAAGAAUGAUGAGGUUUCGAAAGGCAGCAUUGUGAAUCUCAGCAGUGUCGCGGGACUGGGUGCUGCCGCCCCAAAGCUGUUGGCCUACGCUACGAACAAAGGCGCCAUUGUCAACCUGACCAAGACUAUGGCCCUUGAAUAUGGCAAACAAGGCAUCCGUGUGAAUUGUGUUGCCCCUGGGUCGGUUUACACACCUCUAACAUACGCCAAUCCCAACAUAGAAAUGACGACAGAGAUGCGUGAGGCGAGGAAGAGUAAUAACAUGCUCGGGAUCGAAGGUAACGGGUGGGAUGUUGGCGAUGCUGUGAGAUAUGUAGCUGGUCCUACGGCGAGAUGGGUAACUGGCGUCAUCCUGCCUGUAGAUGCUGGUGUCACGGCGACUGCGCCGCUGAAUGCACCGGCAACCAAAUAG